AUGGGAGCAGAAGUAAAACGUGAAGAUCAUUGGUCUGCGACGGCCUACCAAAACUCCGCGUCUUUCGUCCCCAAACUCGCCACCAAAGUUCUAUAUUGGUUGGAUGUACAAAGCGAUGAUGUUAUUCUAGAUAUCGGAUGCGGAGAUGGAAUUAUCCCCGUACAACUUGCUGCUACGCUGGCAUGA